CACUCACAGAGUGCCGGCCCGUUCUUCACUGCCCACAAAGGCUGGAGCCAUGUGGCAGCUGUCUAGGGCUUACCGCAUGGCCUCCUUCUGUCUCAUCAGCCUGGCCGCCGCCGCCGUCUCUCCGGCGACCGGCGACAUGGCUGAUACCGUCGACAUGAUGUGGGGCAACACACAGGUGCUCUACGACAGCUCCUCCGGCCGCCAAACGGUGUCGCUGUCCCUCGACCGCUGGACGACCUCUGCGUUCCGCUCCAAGAGCACGUACCUCUUCGGGAGAUUCGACGUCGACAUCAAGCUUGUCCCCAGGGACUCAGCUGGCACUGUCACCACAGUAUAUAUGGUAACAGAGGGGCCAUGGCAGUACCACGACGAGAUCGACCUUGAGUUCCUGGGGAACACCACCGGUGAGCCAUACACCUUGCACACUAACAUCUACGCAAGAGGGAAAGGUGACCGAGAAAUGCAGUACCGUCUUUGGUUCGAUCCCACUGAAGACUUCAACACCUAUUCAAUCAUAUGGAACCCGCAUAUGAUCUUAAUACUUGUCAAUGGCGUACCGUUGCGGCGGAUGAAGAAUCGGAUGAGGGACGACACUCCCUUCCCGCUCUUCCAGCCUAUGCGGCUGUACGCCAGCAUCUGGGACGCCGAUGAGUGGGCGACCCAGGGCGGGCGCAUCAAAACCGACUGGUCCCAUGGGCCCUUCACAGCCUUCUUCCGGAACUACACCGCCAACGCUUGUGUCCCCUACAACAGGGCCUGGAUUUGCGGCCAGGGUUCAGGCGACAGCAGUUGGUUCAACCAGGAACUGGACGAGGAGGGCCAGCAGAAACUGAGUGAGGUGAAUGGUAGGAACAAGAUAUACGACUACUGCACUGACUCCAGGAGGUUCCCUAGCGGAUACCCUCCAGAAUGUGGGUCACAGUAGCAAGGCUAAGAGUACUGCAGGAUGUAGAUCCAUUCGUUAUGAGUAUGAUCAUUAUUAUAGCAAAUAGUAUUUUUCAUUCGUUA